AUGGCCUCCCUCACCAACCUGCCCAAGAAGUUCUCGGCCGGCCACCAGAUCCGGCCUCGCAGCGCGCAUCGCAUCAACCCGAUCAAGGCGAUCCAGGACCGCGAAUGGCGCCGCAAGCAGAUGGCCGCAGCCGCUGUAGCCGGUGGCAGUGAGGCUGGCUCGCCUCCACCAGAACGGCAGCCGUCCACACAGCCGACACAAACACGGACAUCUUCCCGGCCGCAGUGCCCCAACAAGGCCUGCAAGAACCCCAACGUCGUGGACGGGACAUGUCGAUCGUGUGGACGGGUGUCUGAUGACAGCAACAUCGUGGCCGAGGUGACGUUUGGCGAGAACUCUAUGGGCGCAGCCGUGGUGCAGGGCAGCUUCCUGAGCCAUGACCAGGGUGGCGUGCGGCCGAUGGCUGGCAUCGGUCAUCGACGAGUGGCUGGCAACGGCUCUGCCGAAGCACGCGAACGGACGUUGCGCGAGGCCAAGAUGCUCAUGACCGGCUAUGCCCACCAGCUCAACAUUCCCGAGCACACCGUCACCGUCGGCUUCCAGUACUAUAAGCUCGCGUCCAGCGCCAACUUUGUGCAGGGCCGCAAGAUCCAGAACGUUGUCGCCGUCUGCCUCUAUGCAGCCUGUCGCAAGAGCACGCAGGCAAACCCCUGCAAAAUCAUGCUCAUCGACCUUGCCGAUCUCGUCAAGGAGGAGGUCUUCUUCCUUGGUCGCACCUUCAAGAAGCUGCUGCAGACCAUCGACGUUGCCGCCCGAGACGUUCAGCCCAUCUAUGUCGAGGACCUCAUCUUCCGCUUCGCCGCCAAGCUCGAGUUCGAUACCAUGACCAACAAGGUCGCCGAGACGGCCGUCCGUCUCGUCCAGCGAAUGGACCGCGAUUGGAUGGUCAUGGGCCGUCGGCCCGCUGGCAUCUGCGGCGCCUGUCUUAUCAUGGCUGCCCGCAUGUAUAACUUCCGCCGUACCGUCCGUGAGGUCGUGUACAUUGCCAAGGUCACCAUGGCCACUCUGCAGAUGCGCCUCGACGAAUUCAAGGAGCUGCCGUCGGCCAAGAUGACUGUCGAGGAGUUUCUGGCCCAGGACUUUUUGACCGAGGAGUUCGACCCCCCUUCCGUCUACAAAAAGUCCGAGGAGUAUCAGGCCAGGCUGCGCGAGAAGCGACGGUCGCUGAAGCGGAAGCGGCCGGGCGACUCCAACGGAGCAGAAGCCUCACCCGCGCCCAUGUCAACGCCAACACCGACACCAGAGCCUACCAAGGCCCAGCUACCACCAUCACAACCAAUACUGCCGCGCGUUGUCGAUGCAGACGGCUUCGCCGUACCGGCUGUGCCGCCAGCCAGGGCUUCUGCCCUUUCCAGAACUGAGCCAGACCAGGGCCUCAUUGAGCAGGCGCUGGAAGCCGGCGACGAAGACACUGUCCUUGACGAGCAGCUCGAUGCCUUAGCCGAGGAGUAUGGCGAUGGGAGCGCGAACAACGAGGUCGAAAGUGUGCCAUUAACAGAGCCACGGGCAGAAUCCUUACCCAUGGACGCGGCCUCCGAUGCCGGCAGCGUGACGACGACGGCGAAGCGACGUCGACGGGGACCAGAUGGGUCUUCAUGCCGAUCGCUUCCCGUCAGCAGUGUCGAGCCCGACUAUGUUGAUGACGAGUGGCGUGCCGACGAGGAGAACCUGGAGAUGGAGAUGACUGAGGCCAUCAACUCGCCUGGCUGUCUGGAGCACGCGCGGGCCUUUGCAGCUGCCGAGAAGCGCGCACAGAUGAUCACGAUGAGCCUGGCAAAGGCCAAGGCAGAGGCAGCAGCUGCGGCAGCAGAAGCGGCAGCAGCAGUCGCCACAGAAACGGGGACAACGUCGGCUGACGACUCUGACCCAGCAGCAGACGUGGAAGAGGGAUCGAUAACGCCUGCAACAGCAGCAGCGACAUCAUCAUCAUCGGGCUCGUUGGACAGUCCCGAGGUCGACGAAGACGAGUUCAAAGACGAUCCCGAGGUGCAGUUCUGCCUGCUAUCCGAGGCCGAGGCCGCAGCCAAGGAGAAGAUUUGGAUGAACGAGAACCGGGCGUAUCUGCGCAUGCGCCAAGAACGCGAGUUCCGUGCCAAGAUGGCUGCCGCCAACGGAACCAAGAAGCAAACUCGCCGCCGGCUCAAGAAGCCUAAAAUCGGCGAGGGCCAGACCAGCCCGGCCACAACGCCUGGCGAGGCUGCUGUUGAGGCCAUGGAGCGUCGCGGCUUCUCCAAGCGCAUCAAUUACGACGCCAUGCGUCGCAUGCUGGAUCGCCCGGCCGCCAGUCUGAGCAGCCGCGCCGGCUCUGCCUCCGUCUUCGGCAGCUUCUCGUACAGCCGUGCCGGCAGCUCGGCUGGCAGCGUCAUGGGCGACCCUGCCGACGAGGACGAGGAUGAGGAGCUCGACGAGGAUGACGGGGCUGCAUAUGACGAGCACGAGGUUGAUCCGUUUGCCGACGAUGGCGAAGAAGAGGAGGCUAUUGACGAAUAA